AUGUCGCGUUUUUUUCGCCGUGGUAGCGACUCCAGCGAUGAAUCUUCAUCCUCUGAGGAAGAGGAACUUCUCUCCCAAGACGAGUCUGAUAAUCAAAAGCCCGCCAAAGACAUCCCACCGCGGGGAUGCUCCGAUGAAUCAUCUGAUGAGAGCGAAUCUGACGAUGAUGACGACAAAUCAGAACCCGAGGCUGAUAAACACGAAAAAAGAGGGCGGGAAAAAAAUUGUGAAAAGUGCAGGGAUAAACGUCUGGAGGAAUGGGCAUCCAUUGCGUCUGUAAUUGAGCAAAAACUCAAAGGUCAUGACUGGCACAACACUAACAACGAGUUCGAUAAAUUAACGCGACUUGUCGUGCGCCAAAUGGCUUUGGGCGAACCUCUUCCUCCCGUUUAUCUUCAAGUCAUCAAAUCAAUCGACGGUGCCUUCAACUCCGACAAAGAAAAGCCUGCGAAAUUAGAUGCCGCUAAUGCUCGUUCUCUUAAUACGAUAAGGCAGAAGAUACGGAAACUCGUCAAGGAGUACGAGACGCAACUUCAGAAGUACAACGAAGAUCCUGAAGCCUUCGCUUCUGCGUAUUUAGCCGCCACUAAGCCAAAGCUCGAGAGAAUUGCACCAAGACCUGUCGCCACUCCUGACGUUGAUGCAGAUGAUGGAUUUACGACCGUUGGAAAAGGUGGCAAAGCCUACAGUACGCUUGCUACCUUGAAUGAAGCUCGUGGAAAGAAGAGUACUGACCGUGGCGAGACCACUAGGGUCUUGGAACAACUGUUAAAGGUCGCACGGACACCAUACGGCCGGAUACGAGUGUUAUUGGCACUCAUUUCCACCCGCUUCGACAUCAAUACCUCAACAAGUCAUAUGUCCAAUGAUGCCUGGAUUCAAGUUCAGAGUGAACUGAAUGAACUUCUCAAUAUCCUCAUUACUGAGCGUCAGUAUGUCGUUGUCGAAGACGACACUCUCGAAUAUGAUGAGAUGGCUGAGCGAGUUCCACGCGCCGAUGAGCCCGUGGUCAGGAUUCGCGGUAGCAUCAUCAUGUUCAUUGAUCGACUGGACGAGGAGUUCACGAGGAGCUUACAAAAUUUGGACCCUCAUGGGACAGAGUACGUUGAUCGGUUGAAGGACGAAAAACCUUUGUACGAAACUAUUUGCUGGGCGCAUAUCUUGUUUGAAAAGGUGGACACUAACUCGUUGGCUCGCAUCGUGAUGCGAAGGCUGGAGCACAUCUACUCAAAACCUACUGCUGUAGUGACGAUAUUGGAAAACUCCGUUAAAACAUCUCUGGCCUCGAGUAUCACCCCCACCUUCCCCUCGCUUGCCUUGCUAUCUGAUACUGCGGCCCUCAUCCGCGCACUUUGCGUGCACCUUUAUCAGACUGAAUACUCGUUGCUCCGCACCCGCGCUAUGUUAUGCCAUGUGUACUUCCACGCGUUGCACAACCGUUUCCACACAGGGCGAGAUUUACUGUUAAUGUCCCACCUCCCUGAAACGAUCCACAAUGCCGACGUGAUGACUCAAAUCAUGUUCAAUCGAGCUGUCGUGCAACUGGGUCUCUGUGCUUUCAGAUCUGGGCUCAUCAAGGAGGCACAUUCGACACUUCAGGACAUCUUCACCACUCAACGUGUCAAGGAGCUUCUCGCCCAGGGUGUUCAUCAACAACGUUACACCGCACUCACCCCUGAGCAAGAAAAAGCCGAACGUGCACGCCAGAUGCCAUUCCACAUGCACAUCAAUACUGAGCUCCUAGAAGCAGCUUUCCUCGUCUCAAGCAUGCUGGUGGAAAUACCACUUUUGGCUUCCAUUGACAAUGAAGAACAGAAGCGGAAGGCGAUUUCGAAACCUUUCCGGCGACUGUUGGAUUUUGCAGAUCGGCAGGUGUUUACUGGCCCACCUGAGAGCACGCGGGACCACAUCAUGCAAGCGAGCAGGGCACUUCAGGAUGGUGAAUGGGAGAAGUGCAAGGACCUCAUUCAAAGCAUUAAAAUUUGGAGCCUGAUGCCAGAAGAAGCGACAGUCAAGGAAAUGCUCGCGAAGCGAAUUCAAGAAGAGGGUUUGCGAACAUACCUCUUCACUUACUCUGCGUACUACACAACUGCCUCUCUUUCUUCCCUCGCCAAGUCUUUCUGUCUACCCGUGAGAUCCGCUACUUCCGUUGUCUCCAAGAUGAUCUGGAACGAAGAGAUCGCGGCAUCGCUCGACCAGUCCGCUGGCACGGUCGUCUUUCACCGUGUCGAACUAUCUCGAGUACAACAACUUGCUCAGAACCUUGCGGAUCGCGUCAGUCAACUUUCAGAGCAGAACACCAAGGCGCUUGAUCAGAAACUGAGUGCAGCUACAGCAAGCGGUGUUCCAUGGCCUGAUGGCAGAGGCCCUACUGAAAAUACCGAGCAGCAGCAGGUACGAAGGGAGAGGGAUCGAUUGAGAGGAAGAGGCCCGCUUAGAGGGGCAAGGGGAAUUCGGUUUGACCAGGGAUUAGGUGGGCGCAUUGGCGGGGCCAUUCAGUCGUGAAGGCAUAUGUUACAUGUAUAGUGGCUUGAUACUAGUGUCUCGACGGUAGAAUACAGUUUUCCCGCCUCAUCACACAUCAUACGAUGAUUUUCGAUUGGGGCUGCUGGAUCGUUCCCUCUCUGGAUGCCACUCCUUGAUAGCACUAGUUCCCGGUCCAGGCACACAUUGGCCACACGUUCCUGCUCCAUCGACAUUCCGCAAGUACUCCAUGGAGCCAUGGAACCUGACCUCCUUCGGUUCGAGUAAAAGCUAGGUCUGCCUUUAUGAGGGCUGGUCAUGCGCUGCGUUGGGGUCUCGCUUGUAUGUAAAGAUAUGCAUUCUCCUACAAUAACAUCGGGU